AUUCAGGCACUGGUUGUGUACGUAAUGCUGUCUCAGCACACUGGAACACCGAGUGCUGCCAGGAAACUCCAGUCAAAAUGAUCAUUGAAUGUGACAUCCAAUGAGAACAUCCUACCAGUGCAGGAUGGAGGUGGAGAGUCAUGUUCAAAAUGAAACUGCCUUGCAGCCCCUGAAAGACCACUGUGACUAUCUGAUGGACUCCAUUGAUGCUCAGCUAAGCCAACUGCAGGUGUCCGUAUUAACUGACCACAGAUGGCCAGCUGCUAGCAGUCUGACGAAGAGAGAUCCCUUCAGGAGCACAACAAAACCUUCUGGAAAGACAGGAACUUUGAAUACCAGUCAGUCUGGCACUCGAUUUACAGGAUUGGGUAGUGCCAGUGGUACUGAUGCCCUGUCAGACACAGAAGAGCUGACCUCCAUGAGACAAGAAGGUAACAGUGCUUCAGAAUGUGAAGGAGCCUUGAGUCGAAGUGAAGAUCAGAAUGUUACAGCAAUGUUCAAUCUAAGUCCAGAUUUCAGAAGAAGCCAGUCCAAUAUAACGUUGACUGAGUUUGCGAGACCAGGAGCAGCGGCAGAUGGUGAGUCCAGAAAGGACCAGUAUGAGUGGAGAGUGCAACAACUACUGGGGCCACAGCACAUGGAGUCCCAACAAUAUCAGAGUGACACCAACACAGUGGACAGCAUUCGGACAGAAGACUUUGCUCUGCGUUUUCAUGAGGGUAUGGUAGAUCCGGCUUUGAACUUCGAUGCAGAACCAGACAGUGAACAGAAUUCAUUCAUCAGCAGAAGUGCUUCCUGCAGUGAACGUUCUCUGGAGUAUGCCUGCCUUGAAUCUAACAUCCAACCAGGAAAUCUGGCAAGGAAAGUCUGUGGCCAUCCUUGGAAGCAGAGACUAUUCAGACGGGAAGCGAGCAAUACGGAAUGUGCUCAACUUGACUGCACAGCCAAGCAAGGUUGCUGUGGAGUUCUUACAGAAACCUCUGCAAGAAUUCACCUGGCUCAGAGUCAGACUAGUGCAGAGCAGGAUGAGUUUGUUAGAAAUGCCACUCCUCGAUGUGAUCAGGAUGGCACGGGAGUUGAUGGGCCUGUUAAUUCAGUAGCUCAGAGGGUAAAUGAUGUGCAACAAUUUCAGGAGGAUUUAGCGCAUGCCCUGCAAAGGACCAGGGAUCAGGCUGGGACCCUUCGGAGACAACAGGCAAAUUCUAAGGCCUUGACCAGAAGAACUGAGAGCGUUGAGUCUUUGGGUGGCAGAAUUUCAAAACUCAGCCAAUUCAACUUGUCAGAGCAAUCACUGCAGCGGAGGACCUUUCCAAUCCAGAUUGCAAAUCCAUGCAGGGAAUCUAAUCGAUUGACUGGGAAUGGUUUGGAGACCAGCAGCUCCCCAGUAUCUGAUCUAGGCGUGUUGACCCAAGAGGAUCGAGGAACUAAUCUUGCGAGUACUGGUAUAAAAAUGAAGGGGCCACAGAAAAGCCAGGCAGAGAGUCCAGAGAGGCACAGCGGAGGCCAUAAUCCUGAACUCCAGGGCCUGUCAAAAGAAGGUACUGGUAACUGGAGGCCAAUGGAACAGGAGAGCUCAACCCCCAAUGACAAGCCUCUGCCGCCCAAACUGGAGGACAACCAGCAAGAUGCUGUGACAGUGAAUAUGAACAGAACCCUCUCACCGUGCCACAUGAUACCCACUUUGGGCCCUUGCUGUACACAGCCUGUCAGUUCUUCACCUGCACACCUUACAGGCAGUUUCAACUAUUCAGGUAAAACAAAUACUUCAGGCCAGUGGCAUCAAAUAACCAGUGCUCCUUCUGCCUUUGAAUCUCAGCUUUUGGAGAGUGAAAGUUGCCAGGCCGCUGCAGUCAGUCUGUCUGGAUCUGUGCCCUUGUCAAUGGGUCACGCCUGGAAAGGGGAUUGUGACAGUAAGCUGGUUUCAUGUCACGACUCAGACGUUGCACACUCUGCAUUCCAUCCCAGGAGGAGGGUGCAUUUGUCACAGGGCAAGCAGACAGGCGCCAUCAAUGUUACUGAAGUGAGACGGACACGUGUGCGAAGCAACACAGAUGGUGCCCACAGAGAAGAACUGAGACGCCAUGGACUGGGCAAUUUCAGAGUUAAACCAACUUCACGUAGAACAGGAGAGCUUGAUGCAAAUGUGAGUGGGAGUCAUAUUAUGAAGAAACGCUGCCAUUUCCAGAAGGAGCUGGGCAGGCAUUCGAGCAUCAAGAACCUGACUGUGGAUGAAAAUGAUUUCGAGCAAUUCUUCAGGGAGCCAGGCAGCAAGUGGAGGACCAGCAGCCCUUCAAAAUGGAGUUCCCAAGUGUCAGACCAUACGUGGAUCUGGAAUAGAGCCCCUGAGAUAUCCAACUUUUAUAGGCAAGCCAUCCAGUCCUCGAAGGAAACAGUGGAGAAAGGUCAACAGGAUUCAGUGACCCUGGAAUCCCGACAGCGUGAGACACAGAACAAGGUCCCCAAGACCAGCAUGGAGCUCGCUAUGCCAGCAUUUCAGCGAGAUGGCUGUCUGCAGGAAUUGCAAGAUCUCGAGAUGGAACUUGACUUAAAGCAACACAGCGAACUGAGACAGAGGAAUGCACAGAUCGCAGCACUCACCCAGGAGCGAGAUGACUUGAGGGCCCGUCUACAACCACUGGAUAGCAGUUUGUCCUUCCAGGAGCCUCGAGAUUCGGACAGGAAGCUCAGGAACACAAAGAAUGACUCACUGACAGAGCAGCAGAGCACCAGAUUCUGGAUGAAACAGCUGCAACAUCAACUCGAAGAGUCUGAGGUGAGAUUGGAGCAGAGGACAGCCAAGAUCACUCAGUUACUGGAGAAAAAUGACAGCCUGGAAUCACAGGUCAGGGAACUGAAGAGGAUUCUGAAGGUUGAGCUGACAGAACGUAACCUGAAGAUCAGCGCCCUGGAGAAACUCCUCUCAGAGAAGGAGUUGGAGCAGUUGAGGCUGAGGGAGAUGGUGAUGGUAUUGAGAGCAGAGAAAGAGGCCCAGCUCUCCGCCAUAGAAACUUUAAGAGAGGAGCACGCACGACAGAUCGCUAUAAACGCUGUGGAAAAGCAAUGGGAGCAGAACAAGCAUGAAGAAACUUUGAUCCUGCAAGAACAGGACCAGGGUCAGGCAAAGUCGAUGAAGAAACUGAGUGAGGAGCUGAAGCAGGAAGCAAUGGAGUCGGUUCCAAUUGCCUUAGAUCUUGAAAACAAGAAUUGGGAAGCAGAUCUGAAAGAACAGCUCCAACAGCAUGGUCCGUCUCUGGAAGAGGUGAAUGGGAGAGCCAUUAAACAGGCCAACGAAGACCUGGAGAAAGAAAGGAGAAACUCACUCGCCUUACAACACAAAUUAGUUGAAUUGCAGAAGAGAAUCCAGGAGCUGGAGGUCCACAGCCACUCCCUCCAGCAUAAGACAGAUCAGGCCAUAAGUGAUCUGAAGACUCAGAUGACUGAAGAAAAAGAAAAGGAGAUCCAACAGCUCAGGGAGGAGAUUCAAUUGGGAAAAGAAAAAGAAAUGGAGAGAAAUUCAAAGAUGGAGGAGGAGCUGCAUAUCCUUUGGGCCAAGAACAAUGAAGCUUCCCUCAAAGAGAAAGAAGCCAGAAUGCAGGAGGAGCAGGCAGAGAUGUCCUUUGUGUCUGAGAUCAAGGUGGAAUGUGAACGCAUUCGAGUGUUAAUACAGAGUACACAGAUGCAAGCCCUGCAGAGAGUUAUAAGCCCAGCCUGCAGUAAACUGAGGAGCCUGACACAAAUGACAUUAGGAGACGCUAUUCAUGCACUGUGCAGAGCCAGUGAGGAUCUGCGCCAACUCGUGGUUGAGCUGCAUCAGGAGCUAGAGAGCCAGCGCUUUAUGGUACAUCAUCUCCAGGCGGACAAGGAUGAUACCAAGCAGGUCAGCAAGCUACAGAGGCAACCACUGACUGAGUCUGGGAGAGAAAAGGAACACACGCUUCAGGAGAGGAAGAAUGAGUUACCAGCAGUCCAGAGGACCAUGACCAAAUGGGACAAUGUGACUGCCUGCAAACACACCCACAUGUUUGAGGAGAAGCGGAAUGUAAAGAAGAUCUACAAAAACAGAAAUGAAUGUCAAAAGAAGAUGGAAAUGCAAAAAAAUGAAAUCCAUCCCCUGCCUUUGGAACACAUUGAACCUUCUCCUUUGUGGUCUGCCUCUACCACAUCAGUGACUCCCUCUGCAGUGAUCUCCUACAAGCAGAAGGAUUUUGGGACACUGAAGCUGCUAAAACACUUGCAGAGCCGUGUGAAACAACUCAGAGCAGAAAACAACAUCUACUGUGGUACCAGUCUGAAGGAUGGGAGCAUUCUCCAUACCAAGACUGGCAGCUCGUAUACAGAGACAGAAACAAGUCGGGUAACACCGGAAAGAUCGUUAACCUGCUCCCUGGGAGAGGAAAGCAGCAAGUGACAUUUGAUUAUCACUCAAGAUGUAUGCUUGACCAACUCUUCCAUUAAAGGAGGCCACAGAGCAAACGAUGGUAGAAUGAGACCUGUCAUCUUGUUUCAGAGAGCUCUCACUCUUGGUGAACAGACCACUGCAGCUCAGCACAGUUGUACUUUGAGAAACAGGACAGUAGCGCACACUAAUUAUGUCUUGACUUGAAUAUACACAGCUGUGUGUGUCCAACGAAAAGGCAAAUGUAAUGUUAUUGUAUGGAUGGUGCCGAUUGUGUGUUUAGCAUUCUGCAUAGAAUUAAAAUUGGAAUAAUGUAAACAUGUGAUGUCCCAUGAGUAUUUUUGAUUUUACUGUUUAUCUCCCUUCUACCACCCCUUCCUCCUAAAUCUACAUACCUCCAGU